ACUCACAAACAGUUGUUCUUGAUUGGAAUAUCUCAAAGUUGAAUAAAGAAGAAGUUAUUCCAAGAUAUAGUAGUGAAACCUCAUUGACUGCCUGUACGGUUGUAAUUGCAAAAAAGCCCUUCUUCGAAAACACAUCCUAUUAAAGACAAAUAUCAUCGAAAUUGUUUAGACAAGAAAUGAUGAAUUCCAGCGAAUUGUGGUCGACUGGAUAUCCAACGUCCGUGGAUUACAAUAGAUACAAAGUACUGCAUCAAUUUAGCUUAUGCAACAGAUCUUUAAACCGCGAAAACACACCAGGAUGCUUGAAUCAAGUGUACAACGCCGCCGACUUAGUCACCCCAAGCAUUCUAAUCGCAGAGGAAGAUAAAGAACGCGUAAAUAAUGAUUCAGAUGUUUCCCAGCAUUACUACACGAGCGAUGUAAAACCUCCUUAUUCCUAUAUUGCUCUUAUAACGAUGGCAAUUGAAGAUUCGCAGCACAAGAUGUUGACGUUGAGCGAGAUUUACGAAUACAUCAUGACAAGAUUUCCCUAUUUUCGUAAAAACCAACAAAAAUGGCAGAACUCAAUUCGUCACAAUCUUUCAUUGAAUGAUUGCUUCAUCAAAGUGCCACGCAGUAUGUUUGGAAAGCCUGGUAAAGGGAACUUUUGGAGUUUGCAUCCAGGCUGUGGAAAUAUGUUUGGAAAUGGAAGCUUUCUAAGGAGACCAAAGCGCUUUAAAUGUCAUUCACCUAAAUCAUCUAAUGAUUCAGCAUUCGUUCGCCAUGUUGAUUCAUACCAUCAUUUUAGUUUGUUCACAGCACUUCAACACCACCAUCAGACAGCCACACAACGAAGAUACUCCCCUUACGCAGUUAACCCAAUUCAACACAUAGUUACAUCACCCGUGUUUUCUUCAAGACAAUCUUAUUCCUAUGUAUAUCCUAGGAGUUUAUGUGGCGAGCACGUUCACCAUGGUAUAAGUAAAAUAAAUCUUGUGGACAACACAAGGAAGAAAGGUUUUAGCGUUCAAGAGCUUAUGGCUAAGACCAAUGAUACUUUGUAAAUUCAAAAAGGAGGGAUAUUGUAGUUUCAUUUGAAAUCGACAAGUAUUUUCGUCUUGAGGAAGUUGGCGUUGAUAUAACAUUUGUCAGCUUGGUAACUUUAUUUAAAUGUAUUGUAAAGUAAGCGGACUUAGCAACCAUUUUAUCAUGAUAUGAUCAAGAACUAGUAUGUGCUCAACGAAAUUCGUUUGAGAGUUUAUUUCGAUUCUAAUUCCUGAAUGAAUUUCUCAUUGUAAAUAAUUUUUGCAAAGUUUAUUCUAGUGUCUGGUGAGUAUGUGGGUCAAUAAAAUUUAUUUUUUAACAUUCA